CUAAGUUUACACGUGACAUGUAAAAUGUAAACAUGGUCUGCUCAUAGAGCUGUAUUCUCUAUGGUCUGCUCAUUCUCUGAAAUUUUGUAUUUUCCACAUGAUUUUCAAAUUUAAAUGAGAAAUCUGUUUUAAAGUACAUAAAUUAUUAUAGGAUGUAUGACAGUAAGGAUCAGCUAGUAAAUGCCUUUUGGUUAGUCUGUGUUGCUGUUCUAUGGGGUGGCACAAAUCCAUUUAUCAAAAGGGGAAGCAAAGGUAUAGAAAAGAUCAAACAUGAAAAUCCUAUAAAACAGUUCCUGUCAGAACUCAUCUUUCUCUUUUCAAAUUGGAAGUAUCUUCUUCCAUUCCUUGUAAAUCAGUCUGGAUCAGUUGUGUACUACAUCACGUUAUCAUCAGCUGAUUUGUCAUUAGCUGUUCCAAUUACAAAUUCUUUGACAUUCAUUUUCACCAGUCUUUCAAGCAGAAUCUUGGGCGAGAAAAUACCAAAUAGGGAAACUUGUAUUGGUAUGAUGUUUGUAAUGGUUGGUGUAACAUUGUGUGUUGUUAGCAAGAUCUGAGAGUCUCAAGAACAUAGGGGGGUUGGAUGGCAUUGA